AUGCCGAAAGUCUAUGCGAAAACCAAAAGAUCUAACACGAGAUUCAGAAAGGACCUCAUAUCAAGCAGCCAAUAUGUCAGACCGUACUACAUAAAGGACUUCAAAUACAUAAGCCCCGAAGUUCUGGUCGCUAGGAAAAAUGGGAACAAGUUUGCGAAGAGCGAUGGCUGCGGUUUCGUCAAACUGUGGUUACAUGAAGUGCUGAAAGGGUUCAAACAAUUCCUUUACGAAGGCUCUCUCCAUGGCGUGAAGUACAUCUUCGAGCCUACCUUCAGCCACAAAGAACGUGUCACGUGGAUCGUGAUUGUGGUCCUCAGCAUCAGCAUUUGCGCCAUGAACAUCAUCCAGUUGGUUCUCAAAUGGACUUCCACACCGUUUGUCAACGUCAUCGACUCAUUACCGACACCGAUAUGGGCUGUUCCAUUUCCGAGCGUUGUUUUGUGCCCUCAUUUACACGUUAAACUGUCGUUUGCUAAUGUUUCCGAAAUAGAUCGAUUCUUCGCAUCGGUGAUGUGCCCUGAAAUGAACAAAGAAGGGAAAAUAUUAGAAAUUAAACAUAGGCUCACUUAUAAAGAAAAUGAGAUGCUGCAAAAGUUUAUUAUGAAGGGUUCGCCAACUUGCUCAGACUUGGUCAAAGUGUGCCAUUGGCGUUCGGAAUACGAAACUGAGUGGUUCAGAAAGGAUUGCUGCGAGAAACUGCUGAAACCUGUCUUCACUGACUACGGGCUCUGUUACACCUUCAAUAGUCUGCCGUUGAAUGGAAUGACCAAUGAUACCAUAGAAUGGCAGAAAUCAUUUAAUCCAUUUGCUGACACUAUGUCACUUGAAUGGGAUCUUGACAGUGGAUAUCCGAAGAAGUUUCCGCCAACACCUGGGACUUUGCCAUUUAGGGUCAUGGCGUCUGGUGAAGUAAAUGGACUUGGAAUCGAACUAUAUUUGAAUACAAGUGAACACCAGUAUGAAUGUGAUGGAAACAACGUGGGAUUUAAUAUAUUAAUAAGUUCACCGACCGACCAUGUCUACACCAGCACGAUUCUACGUCUCCCCAUGGACAGGAUGACAACUGUCGAGGUUUCUCCGAUAUCUUAUAAAACUGACAAUUCUCUGAGGGCUCUGUCACCAGAUCAAAGACAAUGCUUCUUUCAAAAUGAGAGGAAACUUCAGUAUUACGAGUUCUAUACGGACACCAACUGCAAACUAGAUUUGCGGAUUAGAGAAACCAUAAAAGAAUGUAAAUGCUCCUUGUACAAUUGGCCGAGAAAACACGUUUGGAGUCCAAUAUGUUCGACAAAAUCGGACUUUCAAUGUGUUUCACAAGUUAAGGCCAGAGUAGGAGAACAGCUCAUCUUCGCUUACUACGCCGACAGCGAGGAGCAAAGGAAACCGCACGAAGACGCAACAUCUUGCUACCCAGCGUGCAACGACGUGCUGUACUCAACCCAAGUUUACUACUCCGACCUCAUGAAAGAUCCAGUGGAAGCCAAAAUUGAUUGGAGUCCAUCUCAAAAAGGCGAACGGACACGUAUAAAUGUACAUUUCUACAACGAUAUGUUCUUGGGGCAGCAUCGUCAUGCUCAAUACGACGACUAUUAUUUCGCAGGUGCUAUAGGAGGUCUACUGAGUCUCUUCCUGGGAUUCAGCAUUAUCAGUGUAGCAGAAUUAGUGUACUUUGUUAUGUUGAAACCGAUACACAUAGCUUUCAAAGGUACCUAG